AUGCAACGUUUACAACAUUUCAAAAAUGAUAAUGAACUAGCAUCGACAUUUCCAGUCAAAAUUCGUAAAGUACCAAAAAGCUUAGAAGACAUUGUACGAAUAACAAAAUUUAAUAAAUCCGAAAUUCGGCUACUCUACAAAGGAUUUAAACAAGAAUGUCCAAGUGGCGCAGUAACCGAACGUGAAUUUCAAACCAUUUAUUCGCAUUUCUUUCCUCAUGGCAAUUGUCGAGACUAUACAACUUAUUUAUUUCGCGUUUUGGAUAGGCGAAAACGGAUGUAUUUUACAUUUGAAGAUUAUAUUCAAACGUUAUCCAUUUUGUUACGUGGAGAUGUCAAGGAAAAACUUCAAUGGGUAUUUCGUUUCUAUGAUAUUUCCGACAAUGGAAAAUUAACGAAACAAACAAUAGAAACGAUUCUUCGUUCGAUCUACGAUCUUCUUGGACCAAACAGUUGUAUUCAGCAACCUCUAACUGACGCUACAAUUGAAAAACAUUCAGCUUGUAUAUUCGAAAAACUUGAUUUUCAUAAUGCUGGAAGUAUUAAUUUCGAGGAUUUCGAAAACUAUUGUGUACACGAUGCGCAGCUAUUAAAUAGCAUUUCAUUACUGUCAGCUACAGCUAUUUAA